UAUUCCCGAUAUAAAAUAUUGAAAAAAAUUUAUAAUUUAUAUGCUGUCAUGUUUAAGAAGCCAAGAUGUUAGAAAACAAAAACCACAAAUGUGUGAUAAAGAAACCAAAAAAUAAUUUCGAAAUGUGACUCAAGAAGAUAUAAAUAUGAAUUUUACUUUUUAAUAAUCUAAUUGUAAUAAAAUAUUUACGGGAGUCACAUCAACGUGGAGAAAUAUGGAUUCAAAUUUUGAGAACGAACAACAAAUAAUUAAUUUUGAGAUUAAUCAAGACGAAUUUGAUAAGAUCUUACAAAAUUUCAAUGAAGAAGGAUUUUACAAGCAACUUCAAGAACUAGGAGAGCCCGCCAAAUCCCAACAAGGUACCAUCGAAAGGGAGACUCAGAUACCAAAUAAACGUAAGAGACAACGACAUUCAAAGUUAAUACAAUAUGAGGUAUCUGUACAAAAAGCCACUCAACCAAGAGCUAUUCCUGGAAAUGUAAAUAAUUGUAUUGAUGUUUGUGAACCAAAAUUAGCAGCUGUUCCUAUAAAUGGAGUUUUAAACACCAAGGGUUUACUAAAUGUAGGAAAAAUUGAUUUAAAUGGAAAGGGUGAAAACGUCCCCUCAUUUGAAGUUAAUUUCAAAAAUGAUGGGGAUAUUCAGAAAUUAAAAUUUUUAAUACAACAAUGGUUUGAUGAUGAAAUUUCUCAGGGGGAUGAUAUUGAUUUGGAAGGCAAUCGAACUUCAAUAAAAACCAAUAGUAUUUGCUGUGAUGUUGAAUGGAUCCGUGAAGAUAAACUUCUAAGUGAGCUUUUAGGAUUCGUAUAUAAAUAUAAAAGUGUUGGUGCCUUUGGCCGCAUUAAGCACUUGAAAAAAACGACGACUAAGGACAUGAAUUACAGGAUUCCCAUUACGGAAUCCGACGAAGACGAAUUACUCGCCUCCAGCCAGGAGACGGGUAAAGGUACUGCCGGACAUACCAACCUAAGUAUACCGCAGAUACAGCAGUGA